AUGGCAAAUCAAUCGGAUAUCUUAGCCUCAAUUACGGCUAGUUUACAGCAAGCAAUGGAACGAAAAAAACCACUAGAACAAACAGUCAAAUUUGAACUUGAUGGUCAAGUACGUGCUUGUUGUCUAUCAAAACCAGUAACCUAUGCUGAUUUACUUAACUCUAUUGACAAAUUAUUUGGCAAACAUACAUCAUUAUCUAUUGAUAGUAUUCGAUGUGUAUUUUCACGUGAUGAUGCUCUUCGUUUACCAAUAACAAACGAUGAUGAUUUAAAUAAAGUCAUAGCUAUUGUUGAAGCUGGUCGAGCAACGAAACUUAAUUUUUUAUUAACACGAAAAAAAAAUUAUCAUGGUUCUCGAACAAAAUUAAAAAUUAGUACAGAUGAUUUAAGUUCAAUAUCAGAUGAUGGACAGCGAGUUGAAGAUACUGGUAUAGAUUCACCACCACCAGGUACUAUAGCACCACAAAAACGACGUACAACAGUGAAUACAACUAGUAAAUCAACAACAUCAAAAGAUGGUGGACUUUUUAUACCAGAAUUAAGUGAUGAAAUAUAUUCAAGUGGUGGUUCAUCAAUAGCUAGUCGAGAAUCAAGCAGUAGUGAUACAAGUUCAAGACGACGUUUAGCAACUAGUCAAUUACUUAAACGUACAGGAACAGGAUCAACUGCAAGUGGUAGUAGUGCAUUAAGUUCAAGUAGUAAUUCAUCUAAUACAAGUUCCAGUUCAAGUGAAUCAUUUGCUACACAAUGUUCUUGUUCGGGCCAUCAUUAUCAAUCUCCUCAAACACCAUCGAAUUGGAAAUUAGGGCGACAAUUAGGACAAGGCGCAUUUGGUAAAGUUUAUCUUUGUUAUGAUGUUGAUACUGGUAGUGAAUUAGCAAUUAAACAAAUUCCUAUACAUGGACUUAAUUCAGAAUCUUCUCGAGAAGUGAAAAUUCUUGAAUGCGAAAUAAAUAUAUAUAAACAAUUAAAUCAUGAACGUAUUGUUCGAUAUCAUGGUGCAGCAAGAACAGAUGAUUAUUUACAAAUAUUUAUGGAAUAUAUGACUGGUGGAUCAGUACGUGAACAAAUAUUAAAUUAUGGUGCAUUAACAGAACAAUUAACAAAAAAAUAUGUCAAACAAAUUAUUGAUGGUCUUAUAUAUAUACAUAAAAAUCGAUUUGUUCAUCGUGAUAUUAAAUGUGCAAAUAUCUUGAGAGAUAUCUCGGGUAAUAUUAAAUUGGGUGAUUUUGGCACAUCCAGAAGAUUAAUUGCAAUUACGAAUCAAAAUCAACCAGAUUCUGGAACGAUUGGUACAGCUCAUUGGACAGCACCUGAAAUCAUUCAAGGAAGUAUAUUUGGACGUAAAGCAGAUAUUUGGAGUCUCGGUUGUACGAUUGUUGAAAUGUUAACAACGGGUCCUCCAUGGCAAAAUCUUCAACCAAUUGCUGCAAUAUUUCAUAUAGCUACUUGUGAUAAACCACAAUAUGAAUUACCAGAAAAUGUAUCUAAUUCUGCGCGAGAAUUUAUUGAUGCAUGUCUAACAAAAGAUUAUCAUCAACGUCCAACAUCUGAAGAUUUAUUUCAUCAUACAUUUUUAACUGAUAUUCAAAAUCAUCAUCAUCAUCAACCACAGACACAAAGUUCAACUUCUAUAUCAACGAAUUCAACAUCGACAGCAUUUUAA